AAGAGGAGGCCCUGAUGCCGGCCACGAUGAGCAACAAGGAGGGCCAGGUGCCGGUCAAGAUGACCGAAGAGGAAAAGGCCCUGGUGUCGGUCAAGAUGCACAAAGAGGCGGCCCUGAUUCGGGGCAAUAUGACCAAAAAGCAGUACCAGGUGCCGGUCAAGAUGACCGAAAAGGAAAAGGUCCUGGUGCCGGUCCAGAUGCACAAAGAGGAGGACGUGGUGCCGGUCAAGAUGACCGAAAAGGAGGACCUGGUGCCGUUAAAGAUGCACAAAGAGGCGGCCCUGUUGCCAGUCAAGAUGACCAAAGAAGCAGCCCUGGUGCCGGUCAAGAUACACAAAGAGGCGGUCCUGGUGCAGGUCUAGAAGAACAAAGGCAAGGCCGUACUGGGCCCGGUACUGGCCAAAAAGAUCGACCUGGUGCGGGCAAAUAUGACGGUCCGGGUGCUGGUCAGAAAGGUGAGCCUGGUGCAGGCAAGGAUGGUGGUCCAACUACUGGUCGGGGAGGGGAACCUGAUGAUGGUAAAAGAACAGGGCCUAUUGCUGGCAUGGAAGGAAGCCCAGCUACAGUUCGUGAAGGCGGACCUAAUGCUAGUAGAAAAGACGGGUCGGAUAUAGGCAUGGACGGCGGGCCAGCUGAUGGUCGUGAAGGUGGGCCAGAUGCUAGUAGAAAAGGAGGACGACCCGGUACAGAAGAGGUCGGCGGAUCUGAUGACCUCAAAAGAGAUGACGGUGCAGGCAGGGAUGGCGUUCCAGGUGUAAGUGGACCAAGUACUGGUACUCCCGGCAGUCCCACUGCGGCUGCAGGUCCGUCCGGCGCUGACGGUGCUACAGCAGGUCCCACAGGGGAUGGUUCUGCAGUCGGUGGCGGAAUAACUGGCGGUGGUACCAGAGGUAUUACAGAUGCAACUGGCAAAGUCCAUGGUGUUGGUGGUGGUAGCCCGGGUAGACUACAAACGCAAAGUGGCGCCAGUCCUAGUGGUGGUGGGGGAAAAGGUCGUAAAGGAAAAAUUUCCGAUGCUCCUGGCGACGAUGCUUUCCAACAAUUCAUCGACGUUAAUGCCACUACAAUGAUGUCAAAUAUUAAGGCGGGCAGUGCGCUGGAGAAGGAACUGCGCGGCAUACUGAAUGCUUUCAUGAUGGAGUGUGGAUUCUGUUUCUGUAAAAGUCUUGUGCCGAAGAGCAAAUUUUAUGCCCUCUGUCACAAGCUAUUGCACAGCGGCAUACAAUGUAUGUCUUUCCGCGAGUUGGCAUAUAUGCAUCGAAAAGUAUUCAUGGCCGCUGACAAGUUGCAUCCAGGCUGUCUACUAAAUAUGAUACUCACCGAGCAAGGUUUCAAGGAUGGCGAGCGUCUCAAGUGUUGCCAUUGCAAAAACGCGCUCUGCUGCAGCAAUUCAGCGGAAAUGCUCAAAGAAAAAGUGUACAAGUUGGAGCGGGACAUUGAGAUGGCCAAGGAACAUCUGGACAGCUUGAGGGUGCAGACACGAUCGCCUAAGAGUCCAUGUACAGCACGCGGAAAGACAUACCGGCAAAUGGAAGACAGCUAUUCAGAAGCUGUUGAAGA